GCUCCUCAGCAGCAGCAGUCGAGCUUCGGGAUUCACUCGGUCUCCUCGGCAGAGACACUGGACCCUCUACACCUCCAAGACGAGUUUGAACCUUGUUCUUUUUGCUCUUUCGGGAUAUUCCCUCUCCACCCUCUGUUCUUGUCGGAGUUGAACCACCGGGAAGAAGAGCAAUGCGGCUCAUUCAGAACAUGUCGACCAUCGCGGAGUGCGCCGCGCCUGAAUGCUCCGUCCUGAACCGGGUCAUUAAAAUAGCUGUUAUCGGAGGCAGCGGCGUGGGGAAGACAGCGCUCGUGGUGAGAUUCUUAACGAGGCGGUUCAUCGGAGACUAUGAGCGAAAUGCAGGUAAUCUGUACUCCAGAGAAGUGCAGGUGGAUGGAGAUCAGGUGACCAUCCAGGUCCAGGACACUCCGGGUGCAGAGAUGACUGAUAACGGUAUCAGUCUCCCCGACCACGUGAGCUGCUCCAUCCAGUGGGCAGACGCCGUGGUGCUGGUGUACUCGGUGACUGACUGCCGCAGCUUCGAGCUGAUCAACCAGCUGUACCAGCUGGUGGUCCGUAGCGGCGGUGCCGGCGCGCCCCCGGUGAUCCUGCUCGCCAACAAGGCCGACCUGCUGCACCUGAGGCGCGUCGACUCCCAGCAGGGGCCCUUGCUGGCAGGGACGUUGGGCUGCUCCUUCUAUGAGGUAUCCGCCAGCGAGGACUACAACCAGGUGCACGGCGCCUUCCACAGACUGUGCCGCCAGCUCGCCAAGCAGCAGCAGCAGCAGCAGCCGACGCCGCCUCCGUCGGCCAGCGGCGCCACAGAGAAGAGGCGCUCGCCCCUCAUCCCCCGGCCAAAGUCCCCCAACAUGCAAGAUCUGAAGAGGCGAUUCAAACAGGCGCUGUCUGCCAAAGUCAGGACUGUGACCUCGGUGAGAGGAGAACUGUGAGCGGAUUGAAGACAACGGGAGACGUACUCUCCGUUCUUAAAGUUCUGAAUUGGUCUGAUGGACAGAGGCAGGCAGGUGAGAUGAACGGGUAAAAUAAAAAAGAGAGGCGCUAUCCUCUUGAAGAAGAGUGGCCUGGUGUCAGAUGGCAGGGAGGAAGCUUAUCUGCUUAGAAAGAGACGGGCGAGGACACGAGGGCGGCUGGGAUGGCGGCUUCAACCAGACUUUGCGAAUCGGUUGAACUAAAAAAAAAAAUCCAGCUUCUCCUGGCAACAGCUGAAGGAUGGCUUAUUUUUAGCUGAGCCCAUUGUGGCAGAUUUUUAUUUUUCCUACUCGUUGCCUCUACACGGCUCUGUUGGCGGCUCCCAUUCAGCAAGGACUCUGAGGAGCUGUGCAUGCUCAGCCUGUAAUGUCAACAUCUCCGGUUCACAUGCUCGUCGUUCAGCUUCAAGGAUCGUCACUGCGGUGGGAGGUUGAAGUGUUGCAGCAGACACAGGAUGUAGCACUGAUGCACUUUAUAUUAAAGAACAAAAGACCAGUCCACAGGUCCUGUUUAUUUAUUUGUUACACUUUGUCCACAAUAAAAUGUUAAAAUGA